GGACCUUUGUCUAUCUUCUGACCCACAGGCUUGGCUGUGCCCUUAUCUUCUCUGUGGUAAAGACCAGUCUUCCCCAGGUUCCCCUUCCCCAGAUCUGCACCUUUUCUGCACACAGACUGUGAAGAUGGAAAGGGAAGGGGUUCAGCCCCUGGACGAGCAUCUGGAAAGUGGAUCAAGGCCAAGAAUCAAGUGGAAGAAGCUAUCGAUGGUGGUCUCUGGGAUUCAGGGAGUGGGGCUGCUCCUAUGCCUGCUCUACAUUUGCCUGCACCUCUAUCCUUCUCCGGCGAAGUCUCCUCCAAUCCAAAGUCUCAGAGCACAAGUUACCAGGUGUGAGAAUGGGAGACUAUUCAUCAGCCUACCCAGGAAUGAGUAUCAAACCAUGGAGGUGAAGAACAACUCGAUUGCCAUCACCUGUGAUGGGCUUUAUCUCAUCUACAUGAAGGGCUCUUUUUUCCAGGAAGUCAAGAUCAACCUUCAUUUCCGAAAGGGUCGAAGUCCCGUCCCUCUGCCCAUGAUUAACGAUGGUCAAAGGGUUGACUUCACUUUGGUAGCCUCUUUGGCCUUCAAAGAUAUAGUUUACUUGACUAUAAAUGCUCCUGAUACUUCCUGCGAAAACCUCCAGAUAAAUGAUGGGGAAUUGUUUGUUGUCCUGCUAACACCUGGUGGAUUCUGUGCCCAUUGAAGAUCUCAUGAUAACACCAUGAACCAGGUGCCACUGUGAAUUCCACUCUGUGGGUGGGCAGGACACAGGUUUCUUCUUGGGAGAGAUGAGUCCAUCCAGUUCAACUGUAGGAGAUGUGACCAAAUGCAGAUCCUACCCUACUUCCUCACUCAGGGAUAUUUAAAACCUGUCCUACGUGGCAGUUGACCUCACAAUCCCAUGAUUGCCUUGAGCCUACUAAGAGACCUUCUGGGAAUGAGAAAAUAAAUGUCUCUUCAAGAUACAUUGUUUCUGCUGGUCAGAAGAUUAUUGUAAAAAACUUUUGUCACUGAAAACAGCACUUGGCUACUAUUUUCUAGACUUUCGGCAUUGUCAAAAGAAAGAACAAGGAAUGAGUGGCUAUGAAUCUGGAAAAGGGUGGUGUCCACCAACCAGUGACAGCUGAAGUGCCCUCUCCAAGGCUAAAGUGAUUAAUGUUUACAAGUUGCCGACAGCCCUCUUUCAUUUCAUGGGUGCUCAGAAGGAAGAGCGCCCUGUGGAAACCAGGACUGGAAGACAGCUGUUUAAGUGACACUCUGGGUCUCCUGCUAUCGCUUUUCUUUCUUGGCCUCUAAACACACAUAAUAGAAAACUCCCUUUGAAGAACUCUCCUGGGGCUAUGAUUCCACCCAAAAAGUCUCAUCGGUGGUGGAAUAGUUCGCCCCUAAGGUUAUUUUUAUUAUACAGAAUAAUAGUGAACUGGAUGUUUCAGGAUGAGAAUUUUCACAGUCUGAAGACUGAUUUAUAAGUUCUCUCUUCCAAAACUUCCAUAUAAAUUUUUGAUAAAUUUUUACAUUGUAGUAUUUUCUGGCCAUUUUCAAUAGCAGAUACAACGCAUCACAAAAUCUCUCUAGAUGAUUCUGUAUCCCCCUAAGGAUUACUGUGUUACAACAAAGCAAUUAUCUCUUGAACCUCCAGGAAGCUUGAAGUCUAUUAAUCUUUGUAUUAAGUAAGCUAGUUCAGUUAUAUUUGGUUUUUUAUCUGAUAAUUUUGUAUUUUCUCUUAAGCGUCGAUCUAUAAUUAUAUUCCCCACUCUGUUUCAAUCUGUUAUGAAAAGAGUUGAAUAAAAAUGCUACAUAAAAGA